AGACCAUCAAUUUACAUAAAUUUCAUUGUUCUCCAUUAACAGAGAGAAGAAGAAGAAAAAAAGAGGGAAAAAAUGUCGGGUGUAGCAGGAGGGGAGGAAGACAAGAAGCCCGCCGGCGAUCAGUCUGGUCACAUCAAUCUCAAAGUCAAAAGCCAGGACGGGAAUGAAGUCUUCUUUAGGAUUAAAAGAAGCACUCAGCUGAAGAAAUUGAUGAAUGCUUAUUGUGACCGACAGUCUGUGGAUUUUAAUUCAAUUGCCUUCUUGUUUGAUGGCCGUCGUCUUAGAGCAGAACAGACUCCAGAUGAGCUGGAGAUGGAAGAUGGUGAUGAAAUUGAUGCGAUGUUGCAUCAAACCGGAGGCACAACUAUUUGAGUCUCCUUUUCUUUUGCUUCUGUGUAUGCAAGACUCUGUGUUUCAAGAUGGUAUUGAACUUAGUGAAAUGCUGGUUGUGCAGCUCUUAGGACCUUUAGACUCUGAUGAACGGAAUCAUGUUUUGCUUACUUUAUAUUGAACUUAAUCGCUAUUAUAACUUUAUGAAAGUCAUUAUGUUCUUCAUCUUUUAAUUUUCUGAAGAUGA